GCUCUCGCCUUUGGCCCCAGUUUGUAUAUCAGAUAAAGAUUGGCUGCUCAACAUUGAAUUUUGUUUUAAAUAGAAUGGAGGCACGCCAAUUGAGGCUGUAGAAGCAGCAGUUUGUGUUUUGGAGGACCACGAAGAUAUAAACGCAGGUCGUGGAUCAGUAUUGAACGAUAAUGAUGAAGUGGAAUGCGAAGCAAUGAUUAUGGAUGGACACACGUUAGGCUAUGGUAGAAUUACGCUUUUAGUUUACAUGCUGAUAACUUUAGUUUGUUCAAGUUCUCCACCCCUAAACAAGCCAUGCAGCAACUGUAGGAUUUUAGAUCUACAAACAGCGCGAGAAAAUUCUUUAGACGUGGGAGGUUAUGCUCCCCAGAAAAUUAUCUAUUAUCUAAGGCUAAGAAACACUAUUUUAAUUUCCUGCUCAUAAACAGUGAUACGACUAUAAUUUUACAGUCUAUCUCACAAUUGUAUUCCAAUCCUAAGAAUUACAAAUACACUCCGGGAGAGCGUGACCAGGAGCAUAAUAAAAACGUACUUGUGGUAAUAUUUGUGACGUAAUGCGUCUUUUAUCCUGCGCUUUAAAUUGUUUACAUUUAUUUCGUGACUAGUUAUUCUUGACAAUGCUAUUUCACGAUCUUUGAAAUAAAUCCUGUUAUUUAAAGUUACGCCAUUCAUUCAUUGUAUUUAGCUAAUCCGUUCCCUUUCCUACUUCUCCAUACAACCUAGUCUCAACGACAAAAAGAGCGGCUGCGAGGGUAACUACAUACAACCUAACUUUCUUAAAUCUUUAGGUGCUGUGACCUCUGGGCGUCAUUUUCGUAAUCCUAUUUCAUUCUCCAAAUUUAUCAUGGAAAAAGCAGAUCAUUGUGUCUUUUGUGGAGAUGGAGCUCUGAAAUUUGCUGAGAAGGAAGAGUUUCCAGGUAUCUGUGAUCCCAAAGAACUGAUAACCCAAAACGCGAUUAAUAGAGGGAAUGUUACCUACAAGGAUUACCCAAUGUAUGUACAGCAUCACUGUUCGGGAACACCAGUGAAUGAAACCCAAAUUCCGGAAACCCACGAUACAGUAUCUGCUGUUGCCAUGGAUGCCGAAGGUCAUUUGGCGUGUGCGACAUCAACAGGUACAUGUAAAGGUGCUAUUUUGUGCAUCAUUUUUAAACCUGGUAAACAAGUAUGUUAUAAUAUAUGUAUAUGUCGCCGUUUUCCAGUUCCGGCGCUGUUUCACAAUGCAUUUUGGGAUUUCUGAGGGGGAAAACAUUCUCAAACAUGCCAAAUAUAUAAAUACAAAUACUAUAUGUACGCGACAUCUCAGAGCGAAAUUUAAUCAACUCAGAAACAGCAAUAGAGCUUCAAACGGAAGUACGAAGGAUACUAUAACACGUGAGCAGAAACGAUUAAUUCUUUUAGAUUGCUUUAAACUUCGUCCCAAGACAUUCACACGUGGCUAGAAUUUCUUCCGUUUCCGGCGCAUAUUUAAACAGUCGUCCAGUGAAAAAUGUUGAUCGUUUCUUUCUGCUUACCACCCUUCAUGCUUUUCUAUAGAUGCUAUUUUACGGUUUGGUAUAAACCUUCAAAAUCUUCUGGGCUCUUUUCCAGUAAUCAUUUCAUUACACACAGCCCUAAACUUCGAAUGAGCGUCGUCAUAGUAUUUCUCUCAUUACUGGGUAAUUUGUCGACACCAGGGUCUUAGCCAGCCAGGGCCAGGGCAUUCUUUAACUAAAUAACUACUGUGGCAUUUACCCCAAUAGGCCCUUUGCUUGCCCCAGUAGUGAAGCAUGAUUUUCAGAUGAACUGGGCCCUUUUGAUCAUUAGUAAAAAGGUUAACCUGGUUGAGAAUGCUGUAUCUGCCUGCUUUCUCAUAUCCUCUCACAUUCUCGACAUUAAUUUCCUGUUAUAAAAGUCAGCAAUGCACGGGCAGGGGCGGUUCUAAAAGUGGGUUGUGGGUGUAGAACACCCGCAAUCGUCAAAUAGUCGGCAAAUUAUCUAAUACCAGUUGGAUGAAAAGAAAUACUUAUUAGCGUUUGAAAUUCGUAGGCAAUAUUUCACUCCCACCCGCGCGCCCCCUAGCUAUUCAAAUAGCGCUAGCGCGCGCCGCCCCUGAGCACAGAGUGAUUUUUAUGUACCCGUAUAAACAGUGUGGGGAAAAGGCCCUUAAAUUGAGACCAAGCCCCAGUAGUUGUAAUUUCUUAAAAAAUGCCCUGCUAGGCAGCCCUCCAGCCAUCUUUUGGACGGCUAAUUUUGAUGUAAGACGGCAAAUUGUAAAUUACUGCUCUUGGACGGCCAUUAGUAAAUUUGUUCAUCAGCGAAAGAGUUAUCGUACAUGCACACACGACAGCUUUUAGGCCAUGGUUUUAUCAAUUAACACAACUGGAGUCGAAUGGCGACGAUUAGUCAAUUACUACAUUUUAUCCCUUUACAGUAGUUUUUAGAAUGCAUACUACCUAGUGACAGUGGUAUUGCCGAAAAAUAUGCAACAACCCUGGUCCCAAAGGGUAUUCGUCAGUUACCAUGGACCAAAAUGUCCAAUUUUGACACUCAGUUUUCAGAUCCUGGCUAAAACCCCGGGUCGACACUUGCAGAAAAUGUCGGUCUCAUUUCUUCUUGAGUUGCCAUUUUCUGCACCCAAGAACUGCAGUAUAACAUAAACGUUCGGAGAAUAUUUUAGCUGUUUAGAACAGUUGAUAAACCUACUGCAUGAGGGAAGCCAACGGUUUCUGAAAGGCUAAAGCAACAACAUUGACAACAGCAAUAGCAGAACCAGCAAAUUUCUUUCCUUCAUUCAGGUGGUAUACCAGGAAAAUUAAAAGGUCGUAUCGGUGAUGCCCCGUUAAUUGGUUGCGGAGGUUAUGCAAAUAAAGAAGGAGGAGCAACAACAACUGGACACGGAGAAGCAUUAAUGAAAAUCACUUUGGCAAGAGAAGUUGUUUAUAAUAUGGAAAAUGGACAGAAUGCUCAGGUUUGGUUUUGAAUUCGCAGUAUAAUACAAUACCAUUUCACCGUUGCAAGACAACGAUAAAGAAGACUGUAUAUAUGCAUAUCGCAUGGUACAACUGCAUAUUAAAUAUCCCUUACACAAAUGGGGCAAGAAACAAGCAUCGUACGGUGUGCUAAACGCCUGUUUACAGGCCAUAUUUUUUGUCCAUGCAAGACUGAUAGGUCAAAUAUGCUUAAAAGCAAGUAUUCUAUAAAUUUAGACAUGAGGGUGUUUAAUUUAAAAUGUCAACUAAAUUGAAAAUUCCGGAAAAUGUUUGAAAACUUUAUGCUAGUAUGGGUAGUUUGGGGUCUAAUUCUGGUAUUGUUAUCUCAAAAUUGUUCGCAAAAGUAAGUUUCGAGUGGAGCAGGGCUGUUUUUUGAAACCAUUUUAAAAAUGGCUUGCGCACAAAAACAGGGCCGCCCAGAGGUUGGCAGGGGCCCGGGGCAAAUUUUUUUUAGGGGGCCCUACCUUAAAUAAUUUUUCCGGAAAAUUUUUUUCCGGAUAUUAUUUUGGCGACCCCCCCCCCGUCGCCAAAAAUUUUUCGGUCAGUGUACCAUUUUAGAGGUAAAAAAAUUUUUCGGACGCAAAAUUUUACCGGACGCGUACGUUGCAAACGCUUUCGAGUGACUUUAUCUCAUUUUUUUAGGCCAAAAUUCGGUACUUAGCCCAAGAAAACAGAUAUCUUGUCCUUUGCGCGGAAAUAUUUAACACACAAAAAAGGCGGGGCCCCUACAAAAAUUUUUCAGGGGCCCCCAGCAACUCGGGGCCCGGGGCAAAUUGCCCCCUUUGCCCCCCCCCCCUCUGGGCGGCACUGCACAAAAAUGUCAUUUGAAUUUAUUAUUGGAUGCAAAUUUAGUUAGAUGCAAAUAAAGUACCAGACAAUUUGAUGUUCACUAAGUCAAUCAGUCAUAUGUGUAACUAUUAUGGCAAUGGCAAAAGGUCCAAGUAAUCGAGAUUGCGCGUAGGACUUAAUGUACAUCAAACGAACUGGUAUGAUCGUUCAUAAAAUUAAACAUGCACCCUCCAAAUUUGUACUCUAUGAAUUCAACUGCGUUUUAAACCGCAAGCAAUUACGUUUAAAGUGCAGGUUCUGGAAAACAGCCAUGUGGCUCCAAAAUUUACUUCUUAAGAAUAAUUUUGUAAUAGAGAUGGCAGAAGACCACAAACUACCCAUGCAUACUAAUAUAAAGAUGCCAUAAAUUUUGUUGAAUUUUCAGUUAAGUGGACAUUUUGGAUACGCCGGCCCUGUAGAAUGUGUCAGUCUCGUUUCAUUUCUUGUGCGCGUUUUAUUCUGCACGGUGACUGUUGGGGAAACUUACCUUUCACAUUAAUUGCUUAACAAGUAAAAAGCUUACGUUUUUAUACUGGUUAUGUUUCACUAUGUAGGAAUCUGCAGAGAAAGCCGUGAAGAAAUUGGGGGAUUCCAUUAAAGGCUCUGGCGGUGUAAUUGCGAUUGACAAAAAUGGAAAAUUUGGAAUAGAUUUCAAUACUAAAGUAAUGGUUUGGGCAAGUAUCAAGGACAACACCUUGGAAUUCGGCAUGGAAAAAAAUGAAAGAGGAGAAAACAUCAGUGAAACUGAGCAGCUGUAAUUAAUAGCAUAUGUAGCACUAUGAGCAGGCCAAGGACAGUUGCCAUCAGUAGAUAUACACGAUUUGAUUUAAUUUUAAAUAAUUUUGACAUAAAACUAAGUGUCAUGUAUACGAUUUAAUUAAAACCAUUCAUUUGUGAAUGCAUUAAAAAAUACCUGUUUCAGAUACUUCACUCAUUAGGAGUAAGCAAACAUAAUUAUAUUUCUAGUAAUAGUAAUAGCAAUCGUUAACAUUAUAGUCGAGGUGAAUAUUCACCAAUAUAGUCACUGAGCCUUCAGCGAAUAAUUGUUUUAGUAUAAUGUUUUUAAUUAACGAAAUAAAACAAAAUAUCCAAGUGUCAGAUUACUUCAAAUAUUCAGCAAUAAAACGUUUUUCAACCAG